CUUUUCUAGAAUAAUUGAAAUUAUUAGAGACCAAUCAUCAGAAAAGAUGCCAAAGAAGGCAGAAACCCCGAAGUCGCUGUGAGGUGAGCCUGAGACAGAACCUUGCAUUAAGCAUUGAGCUUCAUUGCAAGUCCUCUCCCCCUUUCAAGCUGAAAAGAGACUGCUGGCAAUUAUUCUCAAAACACACCCUUAUUCUUUUGCAAAGAAAAUCAGCCUCUGAAGUAUGCCCUGCAAACCUCUUCUUUUCAGCAUUGAAGAAGAGACUGUGGCUUCUUUACUGCCAACAAGCUCUGACAGACCUACUUCAGGUAUAUAGAGAUAUAAUGUAGUG